CAAUUUAAUCACUUUUUGUUUUUUGUUUUUAUUUAUUUGUAAUUUAAACAAUAAAAUAAUGAAACCCAACUUCUUUUUUUUAUUUAUCUGUUAAAUUUCUCUCCUUUUUCUUCUUUUAUCAGUUUAUGCGAAUCCAUUCUCGAAAAAGUUCUUUUUUUUUCUUUCUUUUUUUUACUUUGUAGAUUCUCUAGAAUUCCCAACUUCCCAGAAAGAAAAAGAUCCCGGAAAAUCACCUUCGUUUCUAUUCCGGGAAAGGGAACGAGUGAAAUAGAAUAACCAAAUUCUUUUGUGUAUGGAGAAACGGUGAACUCACUGUGUCUGCUUUGCUAUAUAAAAAACUUAAGAAACACUCCCGACUCAUUCGGUGUGACUCGGACCUUCCAUAUUGGUUUUUCUGAAAACAGACAAGAGUUCACCCAAUGAAAGAAAAAAAAUAGCUGUCAUACAAUGCCUCAAGAUGCUUCUGGUCUUGAAGCACAGCAGAAAAGAGCAGGUCUCUUAAAAGAUCAGGUUCGGCUGGUUAAGCGAAAGGAUUGUGAUCGCCAUGAGAUUGUUCCAAUCCAAGGACCUUUGUCCUUUGAGAAGGGUUUUUUUAUUGUCAUCCGUGCGUGCCAAUUGUUGGCACAGAAAAACGAUGGGAUAAUAUUGGUAGGAUUAGCGGGUCCUUCUGGAGCUGGGAAGACUGUAUUUACAGAAAAGAUACUCAACUUCAUGCCCAGCAUUGCUACCAUAUCAAUGGACAACUAUAAUGAUUCUAGUAGAAUUGUUGAUGGCAACUUUGAUGAUCCUCGAUUGACAGAUUAUGAUACUUUGCUCCAGAACCUUCAUGAUUUAAAGGAAGGGAAAGAAGUUCAGGUCCCCAUAUAUGAUUUCAAGGCUAGUUCCCGAAUAGGAUACAGGACGCUUGAAGUUCCAAGCUCCCGCAUUGUAAUUAUUGAGGGCAUCUAUGCCUUGAGUGAAAAAUUGCGACCCAUGCUUGAUCUACGAGUAUCUGUCACAGGGGGAGUUCACUUUGACCUUGUUAAACGAGUCCUACGAGACAUACAGCGUGCUGGCCAAGAACCUGAAGAAAUAAUCCAUCAAAUAUCUGAAACUGUAUAUCCAAUGUACAAGGCCUUCAUUGAGCCAGAUCUCCAAACGGCACAAAUAAAAAUCAUUAACAAGUUCAACCCAUUUACUGGAUUUCAGAGUCCCACUUAUAUUUUAAAGUCAGCAAGAGAGUUAACAGUUGAGCAAAUUAAGAGUGCCAUAUCUGAUGAACAUAUAGAAACACAGGAGCAGACUUAUGAUAUAUACCUUCUACCUCCUGGUGAAGAUCCUGAGUCUUGCCAAUCAUAUCUGCGGAUGCGGAAUAAAGAUGGAAAAUACAGUCUCAUGUUUGAGGAAUGGGUAACGGAUAUUCCAUUUGUUAUUUCUCCAAGAAUUACAUUUGAAGUCAGUGUGCGCCUUCUUGGUGGGCUAAUGGCCUUGGGUUAUACAAUAGCAACCAUCCUCAAAAGAAACAGCCAUGUCUUCUCUGAUGAUAAAGUUUGUGUUAAAAUUGAUUGGCUAGAGCAGCUAAAUCGUCAAUACUUUCAGGUGCAAGGAAGGGACCGGUCAGUUGUAAAAUGUGUUGCAGAGAAGCUUGGUUUGGAAGGUUCAUAUAUUUCACGUACCUAUAUUGAACAAAUUCAAUUGGAAAAGCUUGUAAAUGAGGUUAUGGCCCUGCCAGAGGAUUUGAAGACAAAGCUCAGCCUAGAUGAGGAUCUGGUGUCAAGCCCCAAAGAUGCACUCUUGCGGGCCUCUGUGGAUAGGGUUGCCUUGAGAAAUAGGCAUCUCAAAAGUGGCAUUUCACAUUCAUAUUCUACUCAAAGGGAGAAGAAUAUGUCGAACUUUGCUGGAUAUAAUGUGAACAACCGGCGGUUUGGUGAGAGAAAUUCAGAGUCGGCUCUAGCAAAUGAGGGAGUCAUAACUCAGCUUUCAGAACAGAUAUCCUCUCUGAAUGAUAGAAUGGAUGAGUUUACGACCCGUAUUGAAGAGUUGAAUUCCAAGUUAACCAUCAAGAGAUAUACUUCUAGCCAACAAAACUUGGCUUUCCAAGCUGAAUCAUGCAAUGGCUCUGCUCCAACUUCUCACUUCAUCAAUGGUUUAGGAAAUGGUUCCAUAAUGCCCAAUUCCUCAUCAUCCUCCCAGCUGGCUAAGGAUUCACCUAUAAUGGAAGAGAUAUCCAGUGUGGCACGCGGACAACGGCAAAUCAUGCAUCAGUUAGACAACCUUAGUAAUCUCCUGCGUGAGGGAAUUGGAGAAAGGUCACAAGCAGCUAGUACAAGAAAGAAAAACAUGAUGGCUGGUGGUGAAGAUUCUAUAAAAGUUCCUGUAAUAUUAACAUUGGCAAUUGGCGGUCUGGGAAUCUUCUUAUAUAGGGGCAUUUUAACCCGACACUGAUUCAGACCUCUGGAGUAUUUUUGCACAAAUUUAAGAUUUUCUUUUGUCCCACCAAGUGUUCUCUUUUUACAGGGCACUAAUCUUCUGCCUCGAGAAAGACAAGUUGAGACUGAUAUUUGAAAGAGUUAAGGGGCCCAAACAAAACAAAAGCAAAUGCUUUUUAAGGUUUGCCUUUUGAGGGUUUUUUUCGGCAAAGGGGUGCUCAUCUAUGGCAAUUUUUCAUUUUUCCUUUUUCACUUUGUGGGAACUUCUCUUCCUCUCGUUUACUCCUUUGAGACAUUCAUUCUCUGGUUAAAUUUAAUAGCAGCAGCUAAUAGUUCCACACUUCA